AUGCCCCCGAAGGGAAAAAAAGCUGAAGAGCCUACUCGCACGUACUUGGGUCGCCCUGGUAAUAAUGUUAAGAUAGGCAUUGUUGGUGUUCCUAACGUUGGCAAAAGCACGUUCUUCAACUGUUUGUCCAAGCUUAACAUUCCUGCCGAGAACUUUCCGUUUUGUACCAUUGAUCCCAAUGACGCUGUUGUGCCACUACCCGACCAACGCUUCAACUGGCUUGUAGACAAGUACCGACCUGCAAGCGUUGUACCCCCCGUCAUCUCUAUCACGGAUAUUGCUGGUCUUGUGCGCGGCGCUGCAGAAGGUGCCGGUUUAGGGAAUGCAUUCUUAUCGCAUAUCCAAGCCGUAGAUGCCAUCUAUCACAUGGUGCGCGGCUUUGAUUCCACUGAAGUUACUCAUGUGGAAGGCAACGUGGACCCCGUGCGGGACAUGAAGAUUAUUCAGGAAGAGCUUCGAUUUAAAGACAUUGAGCGCGUUAAAAAGGAGUCAGCGGGCGUAAAAAAACUCGCCGAGCGCGGUGUUGGUGGGAAGGAAAAGAAACUCGAGUACGAAGCCCUGUGUAAAAUUCUUGAGUGGCUCGAAUCGGGCAAAGAUGUGUCUUUCGGCACAUGGUCGGCUCAAGAGGUUGAGAUUCUAAACACGAUGCAGCUCCUGACUGCUAAGCCUGUUGUCUAUCUCAUUAACGUCAGUAAGCGUGAUUAUCUGCGAAAGAGCAACAAGUACCUCCCCCAGAUCGCCGAAUUUAUCAAAGAACGUGGCGGCAACGAGCCUGUGAUUCCACUAAGUUGCGAGUUUGAGCUGGAGCUUCUCGACCUUGAAGCUGCCGGCCAACUUGAGAAGUAUUCAAGCGAAAACCCGACGCACAAGUCAAUACUUAACCGUGUGCUUCGCAUGGGUUAUCAUGCGCUCGGCCUCAUCCACUUUUUCACAGCUGGCAAAGACGAAGUUCGCGGCUGGACAAUUCGUAAAGGACGACUUGCACCCCAGGCUGCCGGUGUUAUCCACACAGAUUUCGAGAAGGGCUUUAUUAUGGCAGAGGUCCAGGCAUUUGCUGACCUGAAAGAGCUGGGCUCGGAAGAGGCGGUCAAAAAGGCUGGCAAGCUUAAGCAGCAGGGAAAAAAAAAAGCUCUGCCCGCAAUGAAAUAA